CUGUCUGUGCUGUGCAAAAUUAAUUUCACUUGCACUUGCAGCAGAAAAUCGAAACCUAUUUUAUAUUUUACACACCAUUUUAGAUUUUAUCUUGUAGGCCCAGUCCAUAAAACCAUAGUCUUAUUAUGUAUAUUAAAUAGUUGCGUAUUGGUCAUACUAACAGUUAUUUUAACCAACUCUUAAAUCGUGAACCGGCAAGAGAGGAGAGGAGUCAAACUUGUUCGUGUUACCCUAGGCCAGGAGCAGUCGAGCAAAUAUGUACCGAGACAGAACAGGCAGUAGAGGUAUGGGCCGAGGUGGCUUCAGAGACAGGGGAAGGGGUAGCCCAAGAGGUGGUCGUGGAGGAACAUUUGGCAACAAUUCCUUCAAGAAUAAGCAGCCAGGCAGUCAGCUCCGAGCUCCUCGGUGGGACAACUUACCAUCCUUCCGCAAGGAUUUCUACACACCUCAUAGUAACGUCACUAACAGAUCAUUUAAUGAUGUGAUGUCUUUCCGAUCACGCAAUGAGAUGACCAUCAAGGGCAACAGUGUUCCUUAUCCUAUUGAGCAUUUUGAAGAAGGAAAUUUUCCUCCUUAUGUGAUGGAUAGUAUAAGGAGACAAGGAUUUUCCACCCCCACUCCUAUCCAGGCACAAGGCUGGCCUAUAGCCCUCAGCGGCAGUGAUAUGGUGGGGAUAGCCAAGACUGGCUCUGGGAAAACUUUGGCGUAUAUCCUGCCAGCCAUAGUACAUGUGAGUAACCAGCCGAGAGUGUCGCCAGGCGAGGGGCCUAUAGCCCUGGUGUUGGCUCCUACCAGAGAGCUGGCUCAGCAGAUACAGCAGGUGGUGGCUGAAUUUGCUGCUACGACGCCGGGACGGGCUCGCCACGCGGUGGUGUAUGGUGGGGCUCCCAAGGGGCCUCAGGCACACGCCCUAAUGCAAGGAGUGGAGGUGUUGAUAGCAACACCCGGCCGACUAAUAGACUUCUUGGAGCGAGGCCAGACCAACCUGCGACGAUGCACUUACCUGGUGUUGGACGAGGCUGACCGCAUGUUGGACAUGGGCUUUGAGCCACAGAUCAGGAAAAUCAUUGGACAAAUCAGGCCUGACAGACAGGUACUGAUGUGGUCUGCUACCUGGCCCAAGGAGGUGCAGGCCCUAGCUGAGGACUUCCUCAUGGAUUACAUACAACUGAACAUCGGCUCCCUCACUCUGGCUGCCAACCACAACAUUCUGCAGAUUGUAGACGUUUGCCAAGAGCAUGAGAAGGAGCAAAAAUUACGACGCCUGUUGCAAGACAUUGGAUCUGAAAAGGAGAACAAAACAAUAAUAUUUGUCGAGACCAAGCGGAAAGUGGAUGAUAUUACAAGAUGCAUCAGGAGAGAUGGCUGGUCAGCCUUAAGUAUUCAUGGAGAUAAAAAUCAGACUGAAAGAGAUCAUGUACUACAAGAGUUCCGAAGUGGUCGAGCUUCUAUUCUGGUUGCUACAGAUGUUGCUGCCCGUGGUCUAGAUGUGGAAGAUGUGAAGUUUGUGAUCAACUUUGACUAUCCGCAGUCGUCGGAAGACUAUAUCCACCGCAUCGGCCGCACCGGGCGGUCACACCAGACAGGCACAGCGUACGCGUUCUUCACCCCCAGCAACGCACGACAUGCCGGGGACCUGGUCAGUGUGUUAACAGAAGCCAAUCAAACCAUCAACCCCAAGUUGGCUGAGAUGGCUACGAUGGCUCGAAAUGGGCUACCCAAUAAGUUUGGAGGUGGAGGAAAUAAGUUUAGAGGUCAAGGAAACAGAGGAAAAGGCGGGGAUAUGCGAGGAGGAAGGGGAAGAGGAAACCUGGGACGUGGAGGAGUUGGAGGCGGUGGAGGUGGCGGAGGAAACUUUAACAGUUACAACAAUGUCCCGAGACAACAGUAUCCAAACUUCAACUUCAGCAGACCACCUCCCCCACCACCACCAUACUCCGGCCCUGCCUACUAGACUUUGUUUCUGCCUUGACUUAAAACUUUUGUUUUACCAAAGAAGUAGAGAUUGUCUGUGAUUUUCUAAUCGCUUCACUCAGUAUUUCUGUUUACUGAAAUUUCACUCUGUGAUGAAAAGUUUAGGUCAAGUUUCGGUGGAGUUUUUAAGACUUUCAUCAAAAGUGUUUGAUGUUCCUAGGGUUUACAGCACUGUUAAGUUUUCUAAUUUUUGUUUUGUGAUUUAAAUUUUAUGUGAUUUUGUUGUUAGUAGUAGUGUUAAAAUUAAUUUUUAUGAAAAAAUACAAAUUUUUCAUAAGAGAAAGUUUUUUUUUUGUUGGAUUUAUUUUUGGUUUUAUGUUGGGUUUUUUUCUACCAAGCGAUAGUGAGACAAUGUUCCUUUUAUUUUGUGAGAGAAUCUAAGAACCAAAGUAUGUUUUGAGUAUUGCAUACUCAGUAGUAUUGUGCUAAGUAUUAUAGUUAUUUAAUUGGUUUGUUUUUUUUUCCAUGAUCGCAAUAAUUUCCUUAUCUCUAUUAUGGUUAUUUACAUUUAUGACUGAAAAUCAGGGGUGUGCAAGUCGUGAAUUUCAUGAGUUGAGUCGAGUUUACAAAAAACUUGUUAGCAUUGAGCUUUGUCAAGUUAAGUUUUUCUAUUGUGAAGUGACAUUCAUGCUUCAAAAUAUUAAAAUAAAGCUUUCCAAAAUGAUGAAAUGGGCAGGCACUUCAUGGUAUAAAAAUCUAAAAUAAAACUUACGGAUCAAAUUUUUUUUAGACAAAUACAGUGCUCUGCUAUAAUACUUUAUUUUAAAUAGGGAUGGACGAGAUUGGAUUUUUAGUUCGAGACGAGACGAGACAAGAUUUUUUAUUUCUCAUAAAAUUUCGAGACGAGAUCGAGACGGGAUUUCCCUUCUCAUACACAACGGGAAAUGCACGUUCAAAAUUUUUACCUGAUUUUGUAACAUUGUUAGAUGACUGUUUAAAUACAAAAAUAAUGAUAAUAGGCAAGAAUAUUUACAACCUUUUAUUAAAAAGCAUCAGCAUAAAAUUUUUUUAUUAAUCACGCCUAACUUAUUAAAAAUUCCUAAGAUUAGGAAACAUAGUGAUAUCAGUUAGGAUAGAGUUCAACUUAUCCUAAAAUAAAAUAAAUCAUAAAAUAAAAGCAAUAUUAAUUUUUAUAAAAUAGUUACUUGUUUUGACUUUUUAUAGUAAUAACACAUUCCUCACUCUGCUUACACUUAACAAAACUUCUCAAAUGUUAUAAAAGUAAUAUUAUUGAAAUAAUUAAAAUAAUAUUUACAUUUAAAGAAUUAAUUAAAUAAGAACGCCUUUGCUAAAGGAAACGCAACUACAACACGCUCCUGUAUUGCGGGUAUUGCAUUGACUUUCUCUAGGCUUUUUUAAUUUUUUUUUUUUUAUUCUCGUCUCGAUAAAAAUCUCGGCCAAAAAGAAAUCUCGUCUCGUGUAACGAGAUGUAAAAUUUCCCAAAAAUUUCCCGAAAUUUCGAGACUUGACCAUCCCUAAUUUUAAACUUUCUCUACAAUUAGGCCACACUAAUGUUAUUUUCACCUUCUAAAACCUCAGUAGCCUUUGAGUAGUAAACUACACCCUUAAAAUAUAAUAAAGUAUUUUAUAUUAUUGAUUUAAUACAUCCGCUGAUUGUAGUGUAAUGUUUGUAAUAAGUGAUGCCUGAUUCGACUAUAGUACUUCUCAAUUAAUCAAUUGAUACGUACUUUCAAUACAUAUGCAAUUGUUUACAAUCAAAAUUUACAACUGAGUUGACAACAGCUGAUUUUUACUCCCUAGGGGCUAAAAACGAUAGGGAGUGAAAAAUGCUACUUCAUACCCACAACACAUGCAUUAAAAACGGCUGGUUUAUUUUAGUAUGACAAAAAAUAUAUUAAUUUGCGAUAGAGUAGAGAUCGUGCUUUGAUUCUGUCAUACAAAUAAGUAUAAAUCCUUUCAGCAAACUCGACUCUCACGAAUUUUCUUAAAAGUUUGAGUUGAGUACUGAAAUACUCCACAACUUGAGUAUUCAUGCACACCCCUAAUGGAAACUAAAGGAAAUUGUUGUUUCAAUGGCCCAGGUUUACACACUUAGUGACGUCCACUUAAACUAUCUCAGAUUAAGCUGAGUUCUGUUAACAGAAGUGAUAAUUUACAUCAACUUCUGAUAUGUAAACUUAGUUAUGUAAAAUGAAUGUACCAUUACUGUUAGGAGGUUUGAUUUGUAAAACGAUGGCUCUAUGAUUGUGAAAUGAGUCGAGAGAUCUGAAUGUUGUAUGAAAUGAAUAGACUCUCAAUGCCUUAGAUUGAGACUGUUGCAGUAAAGAAGAGGGAGAAAAAUUGAUUGCUGAGGCUGUGAUGAAAAGGAAGUAAUUUUAUUGUCAUAUCACUUAGUAAUACUAUUCAAUUAUUUUUAAGAAAGGUAUCCAAAAAAGUAAUGAAAGUAUCUCACAGGAUUGAUUGGUGUAUGGAACACCCUUCCUUGGAUAUACUAAAUUUGUUGAAAGUUCUAUUAAAUUUUUAAGAUUAAAGAAAAUGUUAUUGAGCGAUACCAAAUAUUUUGUGUGAUCUUUUUAAAAUGUGAUUUUUUAAUGUGAUACAUUUGGGCAUUUCUAAUUUUUACGGAGGGUUUUUAUUAUAACUGUGAAUUUUUUGAGCACUGCUAUGAACAUCAGGUGCAGGUACCCAAGGUGAAAUUUAGCUGGGGAUGAAACAGUAAAAAUCACAAAAACACAAUAAAAUAGAUAUUUUUGAAAGUCCUCGAACAUUUUAAUUGUAGAUAUAUUAUUAGUGGUUUAAUAAUUAUAUUAAUCACUUAUAUCACCACUACCUUCUAUAGUUGGUAUAAGUAUGUACAUUCUCACAAAUAUCUGUUGUAAAAAAUGGACCAUCAGUUAGUUAGGCUUAGGUUCGGGAACAGUGUGUACAACUCAACAUAAUGUUGAAUCGUUUUAUCUCAUUAGCUCAAUUUCACCGCAGGUAAACUUGCUCGCCAAAGGAGAAUUCAUGUAGGAAACGCCCAUGGUAUGGUUAUAAAAUGUGAUAACAUGUGUAGGAACUGAUUAAAGGACUGUGAUGUAGGAUAAAGAAUGGUUUUAAGGAUACAGAAUAGUCUAAAAGACAUGCAAAAUUUCUAAACUGUAAGAUAAACUUGUUAACAUAUUACACAAUUCUUUAUUUUUCAAAUGAUCUUGAAAGGCGUUAAAUCUGAAAGAACUUUGAAAUAUUUGUCUAUAAUUGUCUGAUAAUAAUUUAAGAUAUAAAUAAACCUUGCAAUCCAUUCUAAAUUGUUAAUAAUUUGAGACAUCUUAGUUACAUGUUGGUUUUUUGGGGUUUGGGUAUGUGGUAAAGAAAUUGAAUUGUUCUCUCUGUACUACUCUCUGUAUACUCUUUACUUUUAUUCCUGUAAAAAAAGCUCUCACUAUUCUAAACAAGGGAGCAUCCCAGUUUAAAUUCAGUACAAUUGGGUAGGUAAAUGGUUAACUUUUCAGUCACAUGUGUAAGUAAUCCGCCACUCAAUAAACUAACAAUAUAUUCAUCAGAUGUUACAAUUUCACCAAGACAGUGUCAAACCUAAGUGGCAAAAUAUAAAGUAAAUUUUACCAAGUAACAAGAUUGCAAAAAUAUCUGCUCAUUCUUGUAACUUGGAUAUCACUAGGAAUCAUGGAAAUACUGUAACUUUAAUUUAAGCUUAAUAUUAUUAGCCUUACUUUUACUUAUCAACCGGUGUUUUUUUUUCAUUUUGUAAUUUGAACAUUUAAUAAAAUGUUCUGCACACCAA